AUGAAGUAUGUGUGCAUUGCAUUCUUGGAAGAGCGGCGCGCCCUGAUUUGUGUCGCGCCGCCAAUGUUCAUGAUUGACGACUUGCAAGUGUUCUUUCCAUACGAUCUCAUCUACCCGGAGCAGUAUGAGUAUAUGCAGGAGAUUAAGCGAGCUCUCGACGCCAAGGGUCAUGCCUUGCUAGAGAUGCCUUCCGGCACUGGCAAAACAGUGUCCCUCCUCUCUCUGAUCGUCUCCUACCAGCUGGGCUACCCUGGCCGCCUCGGCAAGUUUAUCUACUGUUCGCGAACAGUUCCGGAAAUUGAAAAGGUUCUUGGCGAGCUGAAGCGCGUCAUUGCAUACAUGUCCAAAGAGAUGGGCCGAAAUCUGGACUACCUGGGCCUUGGACUAUCAUCCCGGCGCAACAUGUGCAUCCAUCCUGACGUGAGCCAGGAGCGCACUGGGGCCAUCGUGGAUUCGCGCUGCCGCCAGCUGACGGCCUCAUUUGUGCGCGAGAAGACCGCCGACGGCAAAUCUCUCUGUACAUACUUCAAUGGCUUUGAGGCCCAUGGCCGUGAUGCCCCACUUCCUGCAGGAGUUUACAACCUUGAGGACCUCAAAGUCUUUGGCGAACAGCGCAAAUUUUGCCCCUAUUUCUUGGCGCGCUAUGCUAUUACGCACGCCAACAUUGUCGUUUACAGUUACCACUACCUGCUUGACCCCAAGAUUGCUGAACUUGUGUCUCGGGAAAUGGGCCGGGACUCGGUUGUUGUCUUUGAUGAGGCGCACAACAUUGAUAACGUCUGCAUCGAAAGCAUGAGCGUCACCAUUCAACAACGUCAUCUCGACCGCGCCACCGCCAAUCUACGAUCUCUGAAGAAUAAGGUGAAAGAGAUGAAGGAAAGCAACACGGAACAGCUCCGGCAUGAAUAUCAGAACUUGGUUCAAGGCCUGCGCGAUAACCGAGCCAAUCAGGCCACUGACUCGGUGAUGGCAAAUCCGGUGCUUCCCCAUGACGUGUUGGAGGAAGCCGUGCCCGGCAAUAUUCGCAAGGCUGAGCAUUUUGUCGCGUUCAUGGACCGCUUUGUUGAAUAUCUAAAGACACGUCUUCGCGUCAAGCAGGUCCUCAGUGAGCCGCCAGCUGCCUUCCUGGAGCACGUCUUUCAAAGCGUGUGCAUUGAAGCCAAGCCCCUACGCUUUUGCUCCGAGCGCCUGGGCUCCCUCUUGCAGACCUUGGAACUGGCUCGCAUCGAUGACUAUGGCCCCAUUACCCUCAUUGCCAGUUUUGCCACGCUCGUCAGCACCUAUUCCAAAGGCUUCAGUUUGAUUAUCGAGCCCUACGACGAUCGCGCACCUUCAGUGCCAGACCCGGUGCUGCGCUUCACUUGCAUGGAUGCGUCCUUGGCCGUCAAGCCAGUGUUUGAUCGCUUUCAAUCGGUGAUUAUCACGUCUGGAACCCUCUCGCCGCUGGACAUGUAUCCCAAGAUUCUCAAUUUUAGGCCUGUCACCAUGUGCUCUUUUGACAUGACCCUGAGCCGCACGUCGCUUCUCCCGAUUGUGGUGACACGCAGUGCCGACCAGACCCCACUGUCGACGCGCUACGAGGACCGCGAGCAGUCGGCUGUGAAGCGCGGCUACGGGCAUCUUCUUCUCGACAUUUGUUCUGCGGUGCCUGAUGGUGUGGUGUGCUUUUUUGUGAGCUACGAGUAUUUAGAGUCUGCAGUGAGCACGUGGAUUGAUCAGGGCAUCAUGACGCAAAUUCAGGCCAAGAAGUUGGUGUUCGUGGAGACACAAGACGGCGCAGAGACGAGUCAGGCGCUGGACAGCUUUCAAAAGGCAUGCGCCAAUGGCCGCGGUGCCGUCCUGCUCUCGGUGGCGCGCGGCAAGGUGUCCGAAGGCAUUGAUUUUGACCACCAUCUCGGCCGUGCCGUUGUCAUGAUGGGCAUUCCCUACGUGUACACUCAGAGCCGGGUACUCAAGGCACGAUUGGAGUACUUGGCCGACAAUUUCCAGAUCAAAGAGGACGGUUGGCAGUGCGUCGGACGCGCCAUUCGCGGCAAGACCGACUAUGGUAUCAUGUGCUUUGCGGACCAACGAUUCUCGCGCACGGACAAGCGUAGCAAGAUUCCAAAGUGGAUCCAAAAAUACCUGACAGAUACCCACCUCAACUUGUCCUCGGAGGAAGCCAUGGUCUUGAUCCGCCGCUUCCAGCGAGAGAUGGCGCAGCCAUACGAGAACACGCCUGGCCUCUCGCUGCUGACCCUGGAGGAGUUGCAAAAAGAAAACCGCAAGUACGCAAGCGCCAAGACGGUUUUUGACCUGGGCAUGCUGGAAACUGGUGGGCAUGCCCUCGGUGCUCCACCGGAAAAGCGUGUCAAGGAUGCAGCGGACAGUCAAGCCAAGGCGGAGGCUGAUGCAUGAUAGAGCCCAUUGUAUAACAGAUAUCCUCAGUCGCGUACCUGACUUGUGUGUGACAAACAGCUGUGCAGCGUCGUGUGUAGACGACGUGACGAAAACAAUUAAUCGAGUCAACGAGG